ACAACUUUGUGGAUAAAGAGUUAGAGAGAACAUUCCUUAAACCAUGCCCCACUUCUCUUUUUUUUAUUCCUCGGAGUCUCCGUUUAGGGUUAUAUAUAUUGUCUAUUUUUUAUUUAUUUUAUUUACAAUGUUUCUUUGUUGUCUUUUUCUGUCUCAUUACUUCACUCCAUUUUUCUACCCCUCAACAACACAAACUGGAACAUCCAGCAACAACAACAACAUCUUCAUCAAAAUAAGCACUUUUAAUUCAUGAAAAAUAUUCACUGAGAUCUGUAAAAAAUAUUAUGUACAUUUCUUUGAGUCUCAUCAUCUCAGAAAUUGUUGGAAGAUGAAAAGUGAGCAACUUAAGCAUGAUCAACAAGAAAAGAGGUGUAGGAGUUUUCACAAAAACUUUGAUCUGAAUGUAACUGCUCAAGAUCCGGAGCAAGAGCCUGAUUUGCAGUGCGAAUUAAUACAAAACCACUAUAGCCAGUAUUGUGAGUUGUCUGAAAAGACAGAUAAACAUGUAUAUAUGCAUAGUACGGAAACCAACAAACAUGAAGAACAUGUACCUCAGGAAAAGACGUCCGAGGGCUGUGUUGAUCGUUUGUUGAUUGUAGGACAAUCUGCUGAGAUAGUAACAGCACAAUCUGAAGAUAGUCUGGUUGUGACACAUGCAAAAAACCAACAUAAAGAUCAGGAGAACUCUCUACUUGAUAGAUUAUCAUCGGAUUCUCAUGUGAGAAGUGAAAGAUGUGAACCUUGUUAUAAAGUCACAGGAACACGCUUAUCUGAAAUACGGAAGCAAGCUAGAUGUAAAUAUCUUAUAUCGGAUCAAGAUACAGCUGAGGAUAACCAGUGUAAACAUUUACAAAGAAAAACAAUCCGCCUGAGCCAAAUGAAGCAACAAGCCAGAUGUAAAAGCAAGAACAAUUGGUCACCAUCACAAAUGAUCACUCGACACUCAAAUGAGCUGCAACAGGGAAGGAAAAUUCGACUUAGCCAGAUGAAACACCAAGCUCGUUCUAAAAACAAUGCAACGGUGAAAGAAGGGACAGAGGAACAUACGUGUGUAAAUCAACAUUGCAACAGAUAUCGAGCGAGGCAGGAUAAUGAAAAUCAUAAGGAGCGGAAAUGUGCUUCAAGGCGAUUAAGGUCAUUCAAGACUAAAGAUCUCAGGCAACAGUUAACGACCGAGUGUGUAAGAACUUCAGCCGAUACAAGGUUACAUGCUAGUGAUAAAUUGCUAAAAGAUAAAGAUUUAAUUACAUGUGAACAAGAGCUACCUGAAACUUCUGGAUGUACUGAAAACUUAGAAUCAAAUUUUGGCGCAAGUGAACUUCAAGGACAUCAUGGAUCCAAGGAAUCAUCAGGGCUCAGAUGCAAAUCUCAUCAACAUAUUUCAAAUGGACUUCCUGUGCAAAACAAUGUACUUUUCUUCACCGGAUUACCGAAUUAUACAUACCAGCAAUGUGAUCCGAAUAUGGGGUGGGUGUUGUACAUGCAUCAUGCGCAGCUCAAGGAGUAUCGCCGUGUUGUUGCACGCCAGCAUAGAGCAGAGCGUAUCGAAGAGAAAAGGGCAUUGAAGUAUAAGCAAAAAUCAAAGAAUCGCAUACUAGCAAAUUCCGAAGCACAAAAGGAAAAUUUACCUGUAAAAAAGUUACGCUUAACUCAAUUGAGACGUGAAGUUCGUAUAGGGAAUCAACGUUCUCUCAUGCAAGGAACUAAUGAAAAUUAGAGAUGUGAUUUGGUUGGUAGCAAGCAUUUUAGGGGGCUAGAAAGCAUACAAGAACAAGUCCUGCAAAGCUGAUAUGGAAAAUUUGUGCCACCAAUAUUUUUUUGAAUGAACUAUUUUAAGAUAAUGUUUUGUAUAGAACCUCCACUUGUUUGGUAAUUAUUUCUCUUUUGAGAUAUAUUAAUGCAAAACUAGAUUAGCUCAUAUGAUAUGGAAAAACCAUAUAUUGAUUCUAAGGGUUAUCUUGCAU